GACCAAAGGAAGGCCCCAGUUCCCGCCGGAUGUUUUGCAUUUUCUCCAUUCCUUGUUCGACCCCUCAAAGUCUGCUUUGUCCGUGUUUUUCCUCAAUUGCAGCCUCACAAAGCCAUUGUGAGUUAAUCAACUCACACAAUGAACAACCUCAGGCGCAAGGACCAUCGCGGGGCCGUUAACUUCAACGGUCCCGGCCAUUACCACGGCCCCACAGUCCGGCAUCGGACCGUUCAAGCAGUAUCGACGCCUCCCACGACGCCGGCUUCAAUUGCUUUGUCGAUGUCAAAGACUACUGUCUCUCCCGAUCUCAUGUCUUUUGAUUUCUGCCGGCAGCCAAUUCAAUCGAUUCAUUCCGACUUCAAUAUUGACUGCUAUCGGUCUGCAUCACCAGCCAAGUUGGAGCUGGGCCUGGAGCCUUGUACCAAUUGGUCUGGUGAAAUCGAUAUGCGAGAGAUGAGUACGAUUUCUGCCAUCAGUGCCGAUACUUCUUCUACUGGUUCCAUUUUCUCCUCUGUUCCGACCGAAUUCAGUGAUGCAAUGACCGUCCGUAACGGUAGAGGUCGCUCAAGAGGUCCGAGUCCACUAAGUCGAGGUGGGCGAACUAACAGCAUUGAUAACUCGACGCCUUCUUUCGUCUGCCUUGGCCCUCAGUGCCAACGAGCUUUCUCGUCUGACAAGGACCUCAAAUCCCACGUCAAAUCUUGUCAUACUUAUCUGUGUAACUGGGCUGGCUGUGACCAGUCGAGCUUUUCCACCAGGGACGGACUUAUCUACCAUGUCAAAGUCAAACAUCUUGUCAUUUGUCCAUCACCCGGUUGCACAGAGACGACAUUCCAGAACAUUCGCCUUCUUCAGUCCCACAUAGCCAUGGCUCACCCCGAGGAUGGCAGAGAUGAUGCAAAGGAAUGGGAGCUUCCAGCAAAGAUGAUAGCUAGCAUGGCGACGGGCAACAGGUCCUCGUCAAAUGAAAAGCCCACGACUGCUCUUGCGUCUCUCAAAAGGAAGAACAGAGAUCAUGGCACAGAUUUGUCUAUGGAUAUGGUUAAGACGAAGCGUCAAUGUCAAGAUCGCCUACAGGUCCUCGUGGAGAAGCGAGCGAGGAAGAAUGCCGAAAGUCCAACAGACCUGAUCAGAGGGCGAGCCUCACGGUGUAUAGAAGUAACGAGCUUUCCUCUUGUCUUCGAACACGCCAUUCUUCCAUUUCUUUCCCAAUAUCUGCCUAUCUGGGUUGGGCCCCGUCACGUAGUCACUGUCACUCGAGGCAAAUCCCCACAGAUUCGGCGAAUUUGUAUCAUGGCCCCAAAAACUAUUUCUCGUGCUCGAAAGAUCAUCAUUGUUAGCCACGUUCAAGAUCUUAUUCCCAGCAACUUUUCCAAGCUAGUCACGUUUGCUUUUACGCAGGGGGAGAUUAAUCGUACCGUUACCUGGGCUCGUGGCCUAGGCAAAGAUCAUAAGGACGAUAUUUGCGCCCCGAGAAACCCCUACUUCUUUCGCUAUCCUUGCAUGGGUGACAGUAUCGGUGUGACAGGAAAUGGGGUGUUUGAAGAUAGCACUGCUACUCUUGGUCCUUGCAUCACCGUUGGUGGUGGGAGUUAUUGGUUGGGCAACUUUCAUCCCUUCAUGGAGGCCUACCAACAGCUCGCUCAAGUGGAGGUUGAGCAUCCAUCAUCCCAAGAUCGCAAGCGAUGCAUUGACGAGGGACAUGAUGCCAUGGCCCAGGAGACGAACUUCAGGCUUGGUAGGCUCGAGGUCACGUCAGGUCUGAACCUCAAGACAACGAGAAUUUCACAUGAUCCUUAUUGGGAUGAGUGUGAUAUGGAUAAGCCUCUUGUCGUAACAGACUGGGCUCUCAUCGGUGCCCGUACUUCACAAGCAAACAUCCUUCGCAAAUUCCCUUCAGAAACCCAACCUCCAACUCAGGAACCAACCAUAGCUACUACAACCGCUAUUGUGCCAGGUGCAGAUGUUCUGUCUAGCGGUCGAACAUCUGGUUAUCAGCGCGGCCAGAUUUGCGAGAUCCCUGCGUAUGUAUCUGGGGUAGAGAACCAGACGCAGAAGGCUACGAGAGAGUGGUUUAUCGAGGAACCAUGGCCGCAAGAGGAUGAGGAUGCCUGGAUACGUGGAGGCAUUGGUGUCAACGGUGACAGUGGCGCUGGAGUUGUUGACGCCAAUACAAAUGGCCUAAUCGGUCAUGUAUGGGGUCGCAAUAACUAUUGGGGGCCUGGACAACGUGUGACCUACUUCACUCCCAUCGCAGACAUUUUCGACGACAUCCAGGAAAAGUGUGGGCAGCAGUCACGCCCUCAACUCCCGCAGCAUCGUGAUGAAGCAAACUGCUUUCCGUUACAUCCAUCAUGUCGUCAAUGCUUCGAUCUACGGGUGUACCUCAAUAGUAGCAGGAGGAGUUCGCGGAUGUCGCUCCAAAGCAUGAUAAUGGGCACAGGUGAUGGCGACCAGGAUCUGACCUCUAUUGAGGCUGUCUCAGAGCUAGCUACGCCAAAGGAUUACCACCGCUACUCGGGCAUCGAAGAGACUCUGGUUUCUCUCAGCGGUAUCGUCUCUCCAGCAGGGCCCAGUGGUUAUCCUGGUACUCCCAUGAUAGCAGAUAUGAAGAGCCCCUAUGCUACCGAGCUUGAUCUUGGUGAUCUGUAUGGGUCAGAAGCAACUGCGCCAACUCAGGCCCGAAAAAGAAGAACGUCUUGUCUAGCUGCCGCACCGGCUCCAGGUAGAUGGAAGAAGCAGAGAACUUGUGAUUGAUCAGCCAGCGAAACCCCCUCGUGCCAUCUUCUUUGCUCGAGCAUCGCGUCUAUUGUGGUUCGCCCGAGACCCCUUAUUGGCUUCCUUGUUCUUCCUAGCACUUUCUGUCUCUUUCUCGCCUGUAGGCCCCGCAACAUUGCCGCCUCUUCCACGACCUCGCCCUCGACCUCGCCCUCGUCCACCACCUCUGCCACCUCUCGAUGAUCCCCCGUCAGGUUCGCUUCCUUCUUCUCCUGAGCCAGCUGGAGACGCUCGCCAAGAUGUGCGUCCUAGCUGCGCUUGUUGUCCACUAAAGGCAUACUUGGCCUCUAAUCGUCGCUUCUGUUGCGGGUUCCUGACUAAGAUGAGGGCCCAUCCCUCUAUGGCUUCAUCUGUCAUUCCAGUUUCUUCCCGCAAUUUGGCUCGCAGGUUACCUCGCCUUGUGCCAGCAUCACGGUCAAACAGCUUUGAGUCCAUCUGGUACGCACGAAACAGUGCCUCUUCGUUGCUGUCGCUCGCAGCGUCGGCCUCCUGGUUGGAGGCGUCAACAGUGCCACCCACAUCGUCAGCAUCAUAAGUAUCAUCGCGUUCGUCAUCAUCAGAAUCGAAUGCCGCGAGGGCAGAGAGAAUGGCCGAUUUGUUAGGCGCGUUUGCUUUGUCUUUGAGCAUCUCGUCGGCGCUCUUGGCUGGUUUCUUUCCAAAUGAAACCUUAGAAACGUCCAUGGCAAGGCGGUCGAAAUCAUCGUCGUCAAAAACGUUGUGUCGCGUGGGAACCUGAGGCGGAGUAGAUCGCGGUGCAAGCUCUGUAUGUCCUGCUUCAGGGUGUGAUGACCUAAUGAUGGAUUAACAGAUAAUCGCGGUUUAAGAACAGGUAUAUUGUUAUAACGUACAAGGACUCACUGCGGUCAGCAUUCGCCAAGUGAGGCGGUAGAGUCUCACUUAGCAAAUUGGCAACAACCUGCUCCACGUCCUCUCCGUAUUCAUCGAGACAGUUGGACACAAAGCCGGAUCCUAAAUCGGGAAACAAAUCCUGAACCUGAGUGAUUUGGCUCAUUUUAUGAACGUGAAAGUCGGCAUUCACUUCUUGCUGUGAUAUCUUGCCUUUCCCUUUAUCCAGU